AUGCCACGAUUGAAUCGUCGCGAGCAGCUUCCGCUGCAUGUCAAGCGCGACUUAUGCCUUCAUCAUGUCGAAAACCCGCGCCUCCGUCACAUUGACCUCGCCCGCUGGUGUUUCUCUCAAUACGGCCUGCGUCCGGACCGCUCCACCGUCGGCCGCAUUUUGAAAAGCGCCGAACGCUGGGCUGUCACGGCUACGGGCGACAACCAUGUUCGCCGUCGAGGUGGCGCGUGGCCUGAGCUGGAACAGGCCAUGGCGCGUUGGAUUGCAAACGCCGGACCCGCUGGCGUUCCUCUAACGCUGCAGACGAUCCGCGACCACGUUGCGACAAUGGCGCGGAACAUGGGCAUUCCGCCCGGCUUCCGCUGCUCCAUUGGCUGGGUGCGCCGUGCGUUGCGGCGCCAGGGGGUUAGAUGUCGUGCAUCGGCACGCGAGGCUGCCAGCGCCGACAUGGCUGCCGUGCGUGACGCCCGCGACAAGCUGCCGCAACUGCUCACGCACCUCGGCCUCAGCCCGCGCGACACUUACAAUCUGGACGAGAUAGCCCUCUGGCUGUCUCUGUUCACUCACUUUAUAUCGCAGCUCAAUGCUGUGAUGUAUGCUGAAGGACGCCACAUCGUGGUCCUUCUCGACAAUGCGAGCUCGCACAUGCUGCGGGACGAGUGUGGUUGGAGCGAGUACGUCUGCGGCAUGAGGACGACGUGCGUGAGCAACGUCUGCCUCGUUUUCCUGCCGCCGAACACUACUGCCUUCACACAGCCUCUCAAUCAGGGCAUAAUUGCCACUGCGAAGGCCCGCUACCACCAGCACUGGCUGCGGGCCUUCACGGCACUGUGGAACGACGACGGUGCGACGAGCGCCGUCGCACGGUACCGCCCCAACCUCCGCAACGUCCUGGGGUGGCUCUCGGACGCAUGGAUGAGCGUCGGUGCGCGCACCAUCCAGAGGUGCUGGUGGCGCCCUGGAUGCCUGCCGCUGUCGUGGUCCCUGGAGUUGACCCAUGUUCACGACGACGAGCCGACCCUGGAUCCCUAUCCCGACAUCGAGCUCGAAGACAUCAACGACGUCGGAACUCUCAUUAGCUCCCUCGGUCUCGGGAACAGCGCGAUGACCGCCGCGGAAUACGUCGCGAUCGACGACGGUGAGCCAACAUUUGUUGAGACCGCGGCGGAUCUUCUGACUCAUGAGCCGGAAGCGGCCUUGGUGGCGACGCUAUGGAGGGCGCCGACCACGAUGCAGGUGGUGUACGACGAUGCGGACCCCGUGGGCCAUGAAGCACGCCGCACUGCCCGGGCGGCCUGUGAGAUGCUCAUCGGCUAUGCGCGCGCCGUGAGUGUGACGCCGCGCGACCUCUGCCACCUCUUCGACAUACGCAAUCCCGUCAUCAUCGAGCGCAAGGAGCGGGCAAGCCCCGCCAUUAAUCUCAACAUGGCCCCGCCGCCCGUGCUCACUCCGGGCUCAACGCCCACGCCCGACACCCCUCGUCCGCACGGCCGUGUGCUGCCUGGCUGGAUGACCCAGCCAUCCCGCCGGCAGCAGCUGCUAGACGACGGUGUUGGCGCCGCCAUGGGCGGGUACGUUGAGGCGGCUGAGUGGAUGCGCCUGUGA